AUGAGUCUUUCAAUCACCGUCCUCCUCUCUGCAUUGGCAAUUGUUGCCGCAUCACCCACCCUCCCCCCUCGUGCUUGCGGCACAGUCUACCCAACUCUCUUCUCUCUCCUCAGUCCAGAGCCUGGCUUUUUCAACUCAGUUAUGCAACCAGCCAAGGCAGAUACUCCGCUUCGCACUCUCCUUGAUUCUCCUCAUGUCCGCCUCCAACACAUCCAAGGGACAGAGGGCAAGUCUCAGGACAAUCUCCAAUUUGUCGACUUCAAGGUUCCUGCUGGAUCCAACACUUGCCAGCUGGAGAUCGCGGACCAUGCCGACAUGCUCUACUUCGAAAAGACCACCGACAACAAUGCUGCCCUGCCCGCCUUGAACAUCAUGAAACUCAUCCCGGGUGCCCUCUGCGAGGAUCCCAGCACCGAAAACGUCACCUAUGCCGAUGUCAUGGAUGCAACUCCACCUGUCAUCCAAUAUUACCAUUGGGGUGCUGCCACCCUUCAACGUGGCCAAUCCAGUAUCAUCGGCAGCUUCCCCUCCCCCCCAGCCAAUGGCAACGGAGAGGAUGGACAUGUUCAGUUUGUGUUGCAGUUUGAUCCGGAUCAAUUGGGAGCAGGGUCGUGUGACUGGGUUCUGCCACAAUCGACCACUGACCCUGGUGUCCUCGGGUUGUGGUUCGGUUUGGCUUGA